AUGUAUACGCACGUAGCUCCUAAAUAUGUGUACGCAUCACCACCACCACCAGCUUAUGUCUCCCUCAAAGUAUAUCCAUCACCAGCUUAUGUCGCUCCCAAAGUGUACCCAUCUCCAGCUUACGUAGCUCCCAAAUAUGUGUACUCAUCAUCACCACCACCAACAUAUGUAGCUCCUAAAUAUGUGUACCCAUCACCACCGCCACCAGCUUACGUCGCUCCUAAAGUCUAUCCAUCACCAGCUUACGUCACUCCCAAAGUAUACCCAUCACCGGCUUAUGUAACCCCCAAAUAUGUGUACGCAUCACCACCACCACCAGCUUAUGUUGUCCCUAAAUACGUCGUUCCCAGAGUCUACCCAUCACCAGCCUACGUCACUCCCAAAGUCUACCCAAGUACCCAUCACCAGCUUAUGUCGCCCCCAACUAUGUCGCUCCCAAAGUCUUCCCAUCACCAGCUUAUGUAA